AGCCCCCCGUGUGAAAAAGUUUCAUCAGAGUCUGCAAAUAGUGAAACACUGCAUAGAAAUCGUGUUCAAGAAAAAGAACGAGAAAAGAGGAAGAAACUCAGUACUAAGAAACCGCACACGUGGAUCCUUCUCACGCUCUGAUUGUGCAUAUAAAAUGGAGAGAAUUUCACUCAUCCAGCACUCGACUCUCCUCUCUACUGGAUCUCCAACUCUCUCUCUGCUCCGUCUCUGUGUGAAAUCAGACGUUCUGAUAGAAUGAGGAACCUGACGACUCUGCUGUUUCUGCUGUCGCUCUGCUUUCUUCACCUGGUGUCCAGUGGUCCUGUUUCUUUCGAAUACAAGAAUCACUGCUGUUCAAAAACAUCUAAUACGAAGAUCCCUCUAAAUAACAUCGUGACCUACAGGAGGACCAGCAGCAGCUGCCCCAUGAAGGCCAUUGUAUUUGAGACUAUAAAAGGAAAACAACUCUGUGUGGAUCCUUCAGUUUCAUGGGUCAAAAGUCACAUGAAAGCAGUGGAUCGUAGAAACAAGGCCACGUCAACACCAUAACUUCAAACAUCAGAAUUCAACUGGAAUUUAUAAUUUAUUAUACAACUGACAUCAUUCACACAUUUCUGUUUUUUUUUAAGAUAAGUAUCACUGUAGCAUCUUCAUGUUGUCAUAUGAAAUGAAAUGCAUGUAACUUGUACAUGUCUGUAAUAAAUCUCUA